AUGACGGAAUCCCUGGCCGGAAACCGCGGCACGCUGCGAUCUGAUAUUCCGUCACGAUUGUCGAAUCGUGUCGAGAAGACUUGUCGACGUGUCCUGGCUCCCGUGGACGAUUCUCGGAUUCCCACAGCUGACGAUAGAAGACUCCACGACGGGGCUCACGAUGUUUCCUUCGUCUGCACAGCGAAACGCCGAGAAAUGGUGGCCAGGCUGGGUAAGGCCAGCUCGGAGGUCAGCCAGGCCCCUCAGGGUUGCGGAACCAAGCAGAGCAAGCAGACGGGAAUGUCGUGCGAUGGUUUUCUUGACGCCGAAGUUCAACCACCCCUCACGCAGUGCGCACGCAAGGAAAAACCCCGACAGAACGCCGAACCACCUCCGGAGGGGUCUCUCGAAAGCUUGACGACAAAUCUCCGCGUUCCAACCCAACGGCGCAUGAGGGAUUGCUUCAAAGGCUCAAUGUCUGCGGAUCUGCUACGGUCCGUCUACUACCAGGCCCGGUCGUGUGUAACCGAAACAGACGAUCGCCUGUCGACGGCGGAUAACGAUUGGAGAGCGUCGUAG